AAAUUAUUCAAUGCCCCUGGUAGAGCCGAAAAUACCCGGUUUCCCGAUCUACCCCAAGAUUCGUUUUCUCAUCAUUCAUUCUAUAUAAUCUAUCUGCCAAACCCGAACACGACGUGGGUGCCGUGACAUAUAUACUAUAAAUUGGUUUCGUCAAUCAUGUAUAUGUAGGUUUCGGGUGGUGGUCCGGUCACCGGCGGAGUCAGAAGGGGCCAUUUCUGUUGAAAAAUCAAGAAAAAUGGGGAGCAACAGCAACACCACCCAUGUUAAUUCUUUGUUGCUUCCUGAGAUCGGACCCGAUGGCCUCAUGCGGGAAGCCCCUGUCAUCGCCUACACCGAAAAGUUAAUUGCGGAAGAGCAGCUUCAAUUAAAGAAAUACAUCGAAGAAAACUAUUUGAAAAUUCGUGAUGUUGAACGAGAGCUUGCAAAUCUUUCCUUGGAGAUGAAGCUAACAGCUGGACCUAAAAAAGCAGCUCUUGAACACAUGAGAAAGAAAAUUGAAUUGUCAACUGAGAGCAUUCGAGUUGCAAAGAUGAAGGAAGAACAAUCAAGAAAGGUGUGGGAGGCAGCAUUGCAAGUUGUAAAGGAUGAGGAAGCGAUUAAGCAGAAGCUAUGUGAAGAUUUGAACAAUCUGGUUCAAGAAAGUAGCAACGCUCAGUUUGCUAGACUGGAGGAGUUAAAAAGGCGAAUUGAAAAUUUGAACCCAAGCAGAUCAUCCACUUCUGUACCUUACGAUGUGAAGCCGGUGGGACCUGCACAAAUCAGUCCAGUUCAAGAUGCUUCAUCAGUUCCUAGUACAUUGGCAACAGCCAGAACAGAAAGCACAACCAAUCACGGCAAUGGUGGAAAUGCUGAAGUCAUUAAUGCCCACAGUACUCAGCCUUCUGCUGAAAGUGAAGGAAGAGAGAAGAAGAAGAUCCAGAUGCAGGGAAGAGUAAAGGGAAUAGGAGCCGUUCCUAAGGGUAGAGGACCUGGCUGGACCGGGGCUGGGUUUGAUGUGGAUGGCAAAAAUUGAAAGCAUCAUUUCAGAAUCUAUUCUCCAUGUUAAAAGCUAUUGAUGAAAGAUUCCUCAGCUGCUCCUCAACUAGGUAUAUCAUGUAAUCCAUAAGAUUACUUUCAUUCAUUUGUUAAUUGAAAUGUCACCUUUCUCGCUGUCUUCACAUUAUGUAGUCUUUUGACCCAAAAUGUAGAUAGGUUGUUUGCU